GACGGUCUUGCGACGAAAAUUAGUUGGAAAGAACGGCCAAUCUGUAUCUUCUCGUGACCAACAUGAUUCAAUACGCCGGACCGCCAUUUUCAACUUGUUGAUGUACAUAAAGGACAAGUAUGGGGGCCACGUCGUCACCCUCAUUUUCGAGAUGAUCCAGGUUGCUCACCUGGCAUUGCUGACAUUCUUGUUGGUGCUUGUACAAGGAUUGCAGCUCCUCGAUACAAGCACUCUAGGAAAGGACCCACAAACUACGAAUAGAUUGAACGGGGAAUCGUUUCAGCAGGACCCGCUGGUGACGUUCAAUGGAUAUCAGUACGCUGUCUUUUAUGAGGUUGAUGCCUUGAAUACCAGUGUUCGGCAUCCUCGAAUAUCGCGCAGGUCCCUUUCCACCUCUUCGGGUUGGGAAACGUUUAGUUUGUCGGAUUAUAAUCAAACCGAGGAUGACGGGCAUGACAUAAUCUCUCUAGGUAUAUCGCACGGUGACGGAACGCUGCACAUCGGGUUUGAUCAACACGACAAUCCUCUGCAUUAUCGCGUAUCGAAGUCAGGUGUAGCUUCAAAUCCUGCAAAUUUUACGUGGUCUUCUGAUAUAUUCGGUCCCAUCUUGGAUCACCUUCCUGGCCUGGAAUCUCUGGACAAGAACGUGUUCUUUGUCAACGUGACUUACCCUCGAUUUCUUUCUAUUCCUGACUCUGCCCGUGGUGAUCCCGGUGCAGAUCUGCUGCUUGAACUUCGCGUAGGGCGGUCUGGGCUUGGGGACGACUGGCUAUACAAGUAUUCCCCAGGGAGUGGAUGGCUACAAAUUGGUCGUUAUCUUGAGGGAGUCAAUAACAAUGCAUACAUCAACGGUCUUGACUUUGACUCGCGAGGUAGUCUUCAUACUACUUGGACUUACCGAGACUUUGUGAAUGAUACCGGUCAGGACGUCGCCGUACAAGCAGGCCUGAACGGUCCCGAGAACAAUCACGACCUAGACUAUGCCUUUAGUUCUGACCUCGGUUCGACAUGGCAUAACAAUUGGGGACAACGGAUCGCCAAUCUUUCUGCAGAACAACCCAUUCUACCUGUCUCGGCUGGUAUCACUAUCUUUGGCAUUCCCAAGUUUGGUGGUAUCUUGAACCAAGAGACACAGACGGUUGACAGUGAAGGGAGAGUGCAUGUUCUAAACCGAGAGAAUACCACUGGAGUUGAGAGAUGGUAUCAUUACUGGCGGAGUACGACACGAGAUUGGACUAGAACAGCCCUUCCCUUACCAAACGAACUUGAAAGUUCAAACAACAUCACUGGUACUCCUACUGUCAUCGGCAAACGCGCCAAACUCGUUUCACCACCAACAAAGUCGGGGGCAAGCACAUUGCUUGCCAUCUUACCUUCCAAUGCACCAAACUCUACAGCUCUUAGUAUUCUGGCAAGUACCGCGGUUGGUCACUUCAGAGACUGGAAAGUUGUUUGGGAAGCUUCCAGUGGAUGUGGUUGGGAACCGCUCUUCGAUCGUUACAGGCUUCAAGACGGCAUCCUGAGUUUGUUUCUUAUAAACGGGACGGAUAUUCAAGUGGUGGAGUUUGAACUAUGAUAUUGCAAGAGAUGAGUGGCGAUGUUGUACUACGUGAUUAAAACUUAUUGACAUGUUAGAGACCGAGCACGGUAUUAUCACAACCAAAGAAAAAGAACCUAAGCCC